GAUAACUAAGAGUGGAUGGCAACCCCUGAGAAGGACUAGGGGCGUCUGGAGUCUAAACUCCCUCCCACUCCUCCUAUCUAUGGAAGAACAGGAAGCAUUGUACAGAUGGAGAGGAUGAGUCAAGAGGGACUGGUCCAGGUGGGGAACAGCUGUGAGAAGACCCAAGUCUUUGUUUCCUUCAGAGCUGAGGGCUGAGGCCUGAACUCCCAGCCUAGAGGUUUUCCUUCUCAGGGUCAUGAUCAGAGGACCCCCCAUUCAGGCCCUGUCCCCCUCUCCCUGUCCUGUCCUAGCCUUGUGCCAGGGGAGCUGCACGGAAGCCCAGCUGGAUGAACUGAUCAGACUGCACACUUUCACCCACGGGCUGGCCAACUUCAGCAGCUACGGUUGUCACUGUGGCCCUGGCACCCAGGGUGCCCCCAUGGACAAGAUUGACAAGUGCUGCCACAGCCAUGACUGCUGUUACAACAAAGCCCAGGUGUUUGGCUGCACCCCUGGCUCCCACACCUACAGAUACCUUAACCUGGGGACCAAGGUGAAGUGCGUGAAGACUCGGGACCGAUGCGAGAAAAUGAUGUGUGAGUGUGAUAACAAGAUGGCCAAAUGUUUCCGAAAAUACCUGCCCAUGUACAACCCUCAGCUCCAGAGCCUCCCAGAAGCCCCCUGCUACGGCCCCCGGCCUUUCUGCUGAGCGCGGGGCCGUCCUCCCUGUCACCAAUUUGCUAAGGAAGCCGCCAUCUGCUCUUCUCUGCAAAAAGGACGCCCUAGUGCAGAAGACGGGGGUACAAGCCCCCUCGGCAGCAGAUUUCCCAUCUACCUGCAUCACUCAGGCAUUAAAAGCUGGCAUUUCCCCCGA